CGUAUAGACUUCCCACAUUUCGAAUUUCUCAUUAUUCUUUUAUUUGUGAAACAUGGCGGACUCUACAGCGUCUCUAUUUAACUCUUACAUUUUCGAGUUUUUAAGUAAAAGUAACAAGAAACUAGCAGCAAAUUUCCAAAAGGAAACGAAAGCCACGGCCAUUCCCAGUGGAUGCCCUAGCAUAAAGGAAAUAUUAGUGCACUAUUUACAAACCGGCCCGAAAGCGAAGCAAUUAAAACAAAUUGCAGGCGAUGUGAGCGAGGACUCCAGCAGCGUGGACGAAUCGCCUCCUAACCCUAAAUUAACGAACGGGGUCGUUAAAAAACCGAACGCUAAAAAGGCAAAAUCGAGCAGUAGCGAGGAAAGCUCUGAGGACGAAAAACCUGCAAGCAAACAGCCACAAACACAAAAAGUAGUCGCGAAACCACCCGCAAAGCCUCAACAGAAAAAAGAAAGUAGUUCUGAUGAUUCCUCAUCUGAAGAUGAACAGCCGAAGAAAGCGCAACCAGCGAAACCGACACAAAAGCAACCUGUAGCUAAGAAAGAUGAAAGUUCCGAUGAUUCUUCAUCGGAAGAGGAACAACCGAAAAAAGUGCAACCUGUGAAACCGAUACAAAAGCAACCCGCAGCUAAGAAAGAUGAAAGUUCCGAUGAUUCCUCAUCGGAGGAUGAACAACCGAAGAAAGCACAACCGGUAAAACCAGCACCAAAACAACCCGCUAAGAAACAGGAAAGCUCUGAUGAUUCUUCAUCGGAAGAGGAACAACCAAAGAAAGCACAACCGGUUAAACCAGCACCAAAACAACAACCCGCUAAGAAACAGGAAAGCUCUGAUGAUUCUUCAUCGGAAGAGGAACAACCGAAGAAAGCACAACCGGCUAAACCAGCACCAAAACAACAACCCGCUAAGAAACAGGAAAGCUCUGAUGAUUCUUCAUCGGAAGAAGAAGCUCCUAAACCUGCUCAAAAAGCUCCAGUAAAAUCACAACCUGCCGCAAAACCAGUAGCAAAGAAGCAAGAAUCUAGCUCAGAGGAAUCAUCUUCAGAAGACGAAGCACCGAAAAAACCCGCAGCGAAAGUAGCACCGAAACCAGUCGCAACCAAAGCGGCUAAAAAAGAAAGCAGCAGCGAAGAUUCAUCCGACGAGGAACCACCGAAGAAAGCAACUCCUGCAGCGCCAGCCAAAACGCCAGCGGUGAAAAGGAAAGCGGAGAGUUCGGACGAUUCCGAUUCCGAUGAAAAACCGCCGGCGAAGAAACCGGCCAUUACUCCGGCCAAACAAUCCGCAGCAACACCGGUUGCGAACAAAAAGAAGGCCGAUGUGAGCAGUUCGGAAGAGAGCAGCGACGAAGAGGAGGCCGUGAAGAAGCCUCCUGCGGUGGCGGCGAAAUCACCUGCUGCGAAGAAAGCGGCCAGCAGUAGCUCGGACGAUUCCAGCGAAGAUGAGAAGCCGAGCAAACCUGCGGUUAAGGCCCAGCCGGUGGUUAAGAAAGCCGCCAAAGCGGAGAGUAGUUCGGAGGAAUCUAGCGACGAAGAUGAGAAACCUAAACCGAAAGUAGCACAGAAGAAAUCCACCGAGAAAAAGAAGGAAAGUUCGUCUGAUGACAGUGACGAUGAAGAGGAAACUGCCAAACCGCAGAAUAACAGUCAAAAUGAUGAUGACGAACCGGAGCUGAAAAUCAAAAAACCCAAUUACGAUAAUUUCGUAAAGGCUGGCCAAAAUAACAGUUUCGAUAACAAGAGAAAUUCGUUUGGUGAUAGAGGCCGCGGUGGCAACAGGGGCGGCGAUAGGGGUCGCGGCGGCGGUAGGGGUCGUGGUGGAGACAGGGGUCGUGGCGGUGACAGGGGCAGAGGAGGCCGAGGCGGCAGGGGCGGUUUCGGGUUUAACAGAGAAAGGAGUUUCAACGAGGACGGGGGCGAGAGAAAGAGUUGGGGCGGUAACGACAAUCGCGGUGGGUUCCGCGGGGGACGGGGACGAGGCGGGUUCGGCGAAGGCAGGGGUCGCGGGGGCGGUGGUAGAGGCCGCGGAGGCGGCGACAACGGUGGCGGGUUUAGGAACUCGUACGGCGGGGGCGGCGGUAGGGGUUUCAGUAACAAUUCGUUCAAUUCGAGUUUUGGAGCGAAACCGGCUGAAAAUAAGAAAAUUACGUUCGAUUAGGUAAAUGGAAUUAAAAAUGCAAGAGGAUCCUGGGGAGAGAGAGCGAAUUAUGACCUAAAACACACCAGGGGAAAAUCGUUCAGACACGAAAAGACUAAGAAAAAAAGGGGAUCCUAUCGUGGAGGCACUAUCGAUACGUCGAUUAAUUCUAUCAAAUUUGAUUGAAUAUUUUUAUAAGUUUCUAUAGUUUGUAAGGCGAAAAUUAUUGGAUGUCUGAUAAGAAAUGUUGUAAAUAAUUUAGUUCGUUUUAUCAGACCUAUAUGUUAGUUAAUUUACUUUUAUCUGCUAAAGUAUCUGCAUACGAUGAAAUAUCGUUUAAACGUUUUAUUCGUUUGAUGUUUAAAAAUAAUUUAAAUAAAUAUUUCGUUAAUUAAAUAAUUUCAAUUAA